GUUUGGCUGAUGGUGAUGGACAGGAGGAGGAAACUUCAAGAUGUCAUCGACAAUUUGAAUGAGGUGGAAGAAAUGAAGAACUUCAAUCCGGAUGAGUGGAUGGAGGAGUUCCUGAGCUGGAUGAACAGGAACACGUCCAAAAUAUUGACUUCCUUCAGAAAAUAUGAUAGAAACAUCACUAAUCACGUGUCCAGGAAGGAUUUUGUGGAUGCUAUCCUCAAAACGGGCAUGCCAACCUCCUACCUGAAAGUUGAGGCCGUGGCGGAUCUGCUUGAAAAGAACGAGCAGAUCAACUACAAAGAGUUCGUCAACUGCUUG